AAACAUCUCUUCUCCGUGCCAUAACGGUGGCCAUAAUUGCUGCCAUCAAAAUUUAGAGAGAGAAACAAAGAAAGGGGGCAUAUGCGGAAUAGAAAGGGAGAGACUCCCGACGUUUUAGAGAGAGAGAGGACGCAGCUGCUGUUGACAGUUUAGGGGAGCAAGCGUAGAGUGAUGAAAACUUUUGCUUUGCCAACUUCUAUCUACCCCCGAAUUAAUGGCGCUCUCUUUCUUUCUAGGCACCAAAAAGGACAACAAUUCCUUCUUUCUCGCUCUGCACGCUUCCUUUCUCCCUCUCCUACUUUACUUUGCCGAGUAUCUGCUUCAGAGAGGCCCACGCUUGCUGCUUAUCUCUUUUCUCCAAUGGCCAUGGCACCUCAGGCUGUGAUAUCUGAUGAAGUGAAUGAGGACGGUAACUUCUCUCACCUUAUUAAGGCUCAUCAGGAGUCAGCUACUCGACUCCCACCACUUGAAGAAGUUCGUACACUAUUUGAUCGCAGCACCCGAGAAGCAUGUGGGCUAUCCAUCUGGAUCAAUGGUUGAUUUUGCUUGUGAUAGUGAUGGCGCUCCAAUAUUAGCAAUCAGCAGCUUGGCAGUCCAUACAAAGGACUUGUUAGCCAAUCCAAAGUGCUCAUUACUUGUUGCAAAGGACCCUGAAGAUAGGACUGAUUUAGUAAUUACAUUGCAUGGCGAUGCUAUUUCUGUUUCUGAAGAUAAAAGAGAGCUUGUUCGUGCUGCAUAUUUGAAAACGCAUCCUGGAGCCUUCUGGGUUGACUUUGGGGACUUCCAAUUUAUUCGAAUUGAACCAAAAGUUGUACGCUAUGUUUCUGGGGUUGCAACAGCUUUAUUAGGGUCAGGAGAAUUUAGUGGAGAGCAAUUCAAAUCAGCAACUGUUGACCCAAUAUCUCAGUUUGCGGCACCUGUUACUUCCCACAUGAAUAGGGACCACUCAGAAGAUACCAAAGCAAUUGUACAGUACUCGACAUCAGUCUCCGUAGAUUUUGCUCAGAUGCUGGAUUUGGAUAGUUUUGGCUUCAAUGUAAAGGCUGGUUAUCAAGGGAAGACAUUUAAACUUCGCAUACCAUUUCCUAGACGUGCAGAGGAUAGGAAGGAUGUGAAGACUCUGAUAGUAGAAAUGCUUCAGGCGGCUAAAAGCAAAACUCAAGUAGUGUAACAUCUGAGCAGUAAAUGAGGUGGCCAUUUUCCUCUGAGAGUAUAAUGGAAUAUCUAUUCUUGUUUGCUGAUCUUCAUUUAUUUCUCUCUGAAAAUCAGCACACAGGUGUCAUGAGUGUCAUCCUUGAACACGUUGGGCUUCGUGGCUGGAGGACUACGAUGAUAUCAGUUAUAUUGGGUAUACUCAAAUCUGUCUUUGAUUUUCUCGUUUGCUUUUUUGAUGGGUGAAAGUUUUGGGACGCUUUGUUUGCUGUCUGAUCUGCAUUCAGCAUGAUGGAACUGUAACGUGUAAAUAAUAGAACGUGCUCUGGUUUUUCCUUCCAGAAGGCAAAAAGUAAUGGUUUAAUAUUUUGUUGGAAUAUCUCGCUACACCAGUUGAUUUCCGAUAAAUAGUGGCAUAAUUUUGAGAGUA